AUAGUACUGACUCUAAAGUGUUAUUUUUAUUAAAAUAUGACUUCAAAUUCUAAACGCGCAGGCGGCACACUUGAUAAGUUUUUUAUACCACGAGAAAAAAAAAACUAAAAGCACUACUAAUAUUGAUAUUUCUGGUACUAGUUCAUUUUUAGUAACGCCCAAUGAAGAUAGUUUUGAUUUUUCUGUUGAUAGGCAAAUUCAAAAUGUAUUAAAAGUAUCCAACAUUUAGCCGACACAAAAGAAUUAUUAUUUAUUAUUAUUUAUGCACAAAAGAACAGGUGAUAGAGUUUCAUGGAAAAAAUCCAUGGUUAAAUAGUAAAAAUGGAAAACUAGGAUGUAAUACUUGUAUUCAAGCUAAAAAUAGUAUUCAGUUUCAAAAAUCUAACUUGGAUAAUAAAGUUCGAAUUUCAUCUGAGUGGUUAGGCUUUGAAAUAGUAGCAGCUGAGAAUAGUAAAAAAAAAUCAAUUGGCUUCAUUGAGAAAUAAAAUUAAACAACAUUUAGAAAGCAAAGCUCAUGUGUUAGCAGAAAACAUAUUAAUGAAAAGCUCAAACAAAGUAUGAAAUAAGAUGUUUGAACGUAUAUCUGAAACAGAAAUGGAUUCCACGACUCGAAUUUUUAAACCAGUAUAUUGCUUAGCAAAAAAUCACCGUCCCCUUAUCCAGUUUGAAGAACUAGUAUAAUUACAACAAAGCAAUGGAUUAAACUUAGGCUCUUCCUUACAUAGCAGAAUAACUGCCUCUCGAAUGGUAAAUGUCAUUGCAAAGGAGAUGCGCAAACGAUUUAUUUCACGUCUCAUACAGUCAAAUUCGAAAUUUACCAUAAUGGUGGAUGAAUCGACAACGCUGAGUACCAAAUGCACACUAAUUGUGUAUAUUUUAUCAUAUGUCGAUGCAGAAAUGCCAAUUGUAGCAUUUUUAGAUCUGAUUGAGUUAAAUAGACAAGAUGCUGAAAGUAUUGAGAAAGCUCUUUGGUCAAGUUUAAAAUUUAAUGGAAUAUCAUCAUCGUUUGCAUUAAAUAAUUGGAUUUCGUUUGCCAGUGUGAUGACAGGUAAGAAAAGUGGAGUUGCUACUAAACUGUGUGAGAAAAUUCCCAAUCUAUUUACUUGGCAUUGUUUAUGUCAUCGACUCGAACUCUCAGUAUACGAUGUUAUAAAAGAUUGUACUCGAGUAUCCAGUUUCCAAAGCUUAAUGAAUAAACUAUAUGCUUAUUAUCAUCAAAGUCCCAAAAAUUCAAGGGGCUUAGACAAAUCUUGUGCUGAAGUAGGCAUAGAAAUGAAAAAAAAGUCGCGUCUUGAAUGUACGUUGGCCUGCAAGCAGUUUUCGAACUAUAAAGGCCAUAUGGAAUAAUUAUCCUGGAAUAUAUUUACAUAAGAACUUGGACUCUUUUCCGAUGUUCUUUCUGAGCUUGCAAUGUUAUCUUGCAUAUUACAGUCCAAAAAAACAACCUUAAUGAGUGCCCAAUCGGAGAUGAAUAGAACAGAAUCUAGUUUGCAGAAUCUAGUUGACAGAAUGCGGCAUCGCUUAUUUGAUGACUCAAAAGAUAGUACAAUGCUAGAAGAUCUUCAGGUGCUUGAUGAAGUGUUCAAAACAGCAACUAAUGAUGCCAAGGGAGAAGAUGAAGUUAAAAUAGUAUCAUGGAAAUUAGGUUUAUCCGAAUUUGAAAGUGUAGUUGACUUCCGUUUAAGAAAUGCUUCAUCAAGUUUCAUGAAGGCGUUAACCAUACUCCCGACUUCAACAGCUGAUUGCGAACGAGGAUUUUCAGAUAUGAACUUGACAAUAACUGAUUUGAGGACUAGUUUUAAUAUCGAAAAUGUGUCAGAUUUGAUGUUCAUCUCUAUUAAUGGCCUUUCAGUUGCAGAUUUCAAUCCACGACCUUAUGUGAAGAUUUGGUUGAAAAAUCACCGUUCAGCAGUUUCAGCUCCACGAGGUAAGAAACGACAAGAAUUAAACGAUGAAAAUAAGUUGCAGAAAAUGUUUUUUACCAAUAAUUAA